AUGGGUCAAGGCUUUUCCCUCACUACCCUUUCUGCUGGCUCAGCCAACAUUGACGUGCCUGAACUAGCGGAUCUCCAGUAUGAAAAGUCGCUGGGGGCUGCGCGUUUUAUGAAAGCCGUACGGGCGCGCCACAAGGACGGUCUUGUUGUAGCCCGAGUGGUAAUGAAACCGUAUGCUCAAUUUGACUUCCAGGAACAUGUCAAACGGCUGCUCCAUGAACGCAAAGUGCUGGCAGAUGUGCCCAAUGCCAUCCCGUAUCACCGCGUUAUUGAGACAGCUGCUUGCGGCUAUCUUGUACGCCAAUACAUUCACAGCUCUCUGUACGAUCGUUUGAGUACACGUCCAUUCCUGGAAGAGAUAGAGAAGAAAUGGCUCUCGUUCCAGCUUCUUUGCGCUGUACGAGACUGCCACGCCAGGAAUAUCUACCAUGGCGACAUCAAGACCGAGAAUGUCCUUGUCACAUCCUGGAAUUGGCUGUAUCUCGCCGACUUUUCGUCCUCGUACAAGCCAGCACAUCUACCGGAAGAUAACCCUGCCGACUUCUCCUUCUACUUCGACCUCUCCGGUCGCCGCACUUGUUACCUUGCACCAGAGAGGUUCCUGGCUGCUGGACAGCAACCUGAAGGCGAGGGCGAUGUAAAUUGGGCCAUGGACAUCUUCAGCGUCGGCUGCGUUAUUGCCGAACUAUUCUUGGAAGCACCCAUCUUCUCCCUCAGUCAGCUCUUCAAGUAUCGACAAGGCGAAUACAACCCCGAACAUUCCCAUCUCAACAAAAUCCAGGAUGCUAGCGUACGGGAACUGAUCUUGCACAUGAUACAAGUAGACCCUAAUUCACGCAUGACUGCUGAAGACUAUUUGACGCACUGGAAAGGCAAGGUAUUCCCAACAUACUUCUAUGGCUUUUUGCAACAGUACAUGUACUCAAUCACCGAUCCGUCGUCGGGGCGCAAGCCUGUAACCACCGGAGCAGAACAUCUUGGUGAACCUGAUGAGCGUAUAGAGCAGAUAUAUAGCGACUACGACAAGAUCUCCCAUCUGCUUUCCAACGAGGAAGGAAAGGAGCUCACUAGACCAGAAUUUUCUCCUCCAAAGCCAAACGCCAAGCUCUUCCCGCUAUUCGUCAACAUACCAAACUAUCAGCACCAAGCUUCUCCUGCCCGGAGUCUAGCCAUCGACGACGGAAACUUGGUCUUCUUGACUAUUGUCGUGUCUUGUCUACGUGGAACAGCGAGAGCUUCUGCCCGUGUUCGCGGCCUCGAGUUACUCCUGGCAUUCUCAGAGCGCUUGACAGACGAAGCAAAGCUGGACCGAGUGAUCCCUUACGUGGCCCAAUUGCUAGUCGACAAGUCCGACCAAGUCAAGAUUGCUGCACUACGCACGCUGACGCAAAUCCUUGCUAUGGUGCAGGUCGUCUCUCCCAUAAACGCCUACAUCUUUCCGGAGUAUGUUUUGCCACGACUAGAGACAUAUCUACCCGAUUAUCCUACCAACGUUGGAUCCCUUGUUCGUAUGCAGUAUGCCUUUUGUAUUGGCACAUUGGCAACUACUGCGGCUAGGUAUCUGGAUAUGAUCCAAGCUCUGCGUGCAGAGGGAUCAUUACCCACUGCAGAUCCCGAAACGGAAGAUGACAUGUCUUCGUCUGCUCACCGGAACCAGUUUGACUCGGACCGUCGCAUUCUCGUAGAAGCCUUCGAGAAGCAUACUAAAGCUCUUCUUACUGACAGCGACGCUGCGGUUCGUCGAGCCAUGCUCAAGUCCGUCUCUGACCUCUGCGUUUUCUUCGGCAGUCCUAGGGCCAAUGAUGUCGUCCUCAGUCAUCUCAAUACCUAUUUGAAUGAUCCAGAUUGGAUGCUCAAGUGUGCGUUCUUUGAGGGCAUUGUGGGCGUGGCCGUAUUCGUUGGCGGUGCUAGCCUGGAAGGUUACAUUCUACCACUUAUGGUUCAGGCAUUGACAGAUCCAGAAGAGUUUGUGGUUGAAAAGGUUAUUCGAGCACUCUCGUCCAUGGCAGAGCUUGGCCUAUUCCAGCGCUCCAAGACUUGGGAGCUGGUGGACAUCCUUGCCCGACUUACCAUGCACCCCAAUCUGUGGAUACGAGAGGCAGCUGCACAAUUCAUCUCGGCCGCCUCUAGGUACCUGUCGGUAGCCGAUACGCACAGCAUUCUAGUCAACCUCAUUCGACCGUAUCUAAAAGUCAUACCCUCAGAAUUCUCUGAGCUACGAAUUCUGGAGUCUUUGAAGCUACCUAUGUCACGUUUACUCCUAGAGAUGGCUUCAAACUGGGCACUUCAAUCUCAAAAAGGACAGUUCUGGAUCGCAGCUAGGCAUCAGCAGACGUUCACCUUUGGUUCAUCAGACGAUAGCCUUCCAACAAUUUCUGGGCGUGAACUAGACCAGAAGGUACUGCAACGGUUACCAAAAAACGAGGAAGACGAGCUAUGGCUACGAAAGCUUCGUAAUGCAGGCAUGACGAUAGAAGAUGAUUUCAAACUUGUUGCUCUGCGAGAGUUCAUCUGGAGGGUAAGCCAUCGCCGGCGCUCUGACAGUCUUUCCACCCCAACUACGAAAUUCAAUAGCGUUGUCUUGUUGCACGAUCUUGGUAUCAAAGCCCAGACUGUACUUUUCGAUGAAGACGUCCGUCAAGUCAUGGAACAAACCAGGAAGCCACACGCUCCCGAGGAACAUAUGCAGCCUCGAACGAUCAAGGAUGCCCUGUUGGAUGCAUCAACUACGGAGGCUAAUGGGCUGGCUGACCGUAUGCCGCAUUUUGAGAGUCAAGCGGGACGCCUCAUACGCGAAGAGAGGGGAAUAACCAUUCCCGUACGAUCGAAGAUGUCUUCUUCCAACGAUGCACACUCUAGUCUGGGCUCGCCACCUUCCGAAACCGAUACGCGACGGAGAUCAUUACAAAUCGCGAAGCCGUCCCUGUCGCCAUCAAACUCUAUUGGCUCGAGUGACUACCCUGGUAGCCUUCGACACCGCAGCAGUGCGCUGGGACUGCUCGGCAAAGGAGAGAACAAAGCAUUGGCAGAGAUUGGUACUACUUCUGCAAACGCUUUCGGAAAGGUGGAUGGAACCCACGUCCGAGAUUCUUCACGAUCCCGACCUCCGAACUCCCCACUCGCUUUCGAUCGGCAUGAGCGAAGUCCAAUGCGGAUCCGAUUUAGGAACGCACAUAAUUAUACGGGCAACGAUCCGGCAAUCCUCAAGCUUUUAGAUUCCAUGCUGCUAGAGCGCUUCCCUACAGAUGAGAUCGAGUUCGGUCCUCGCAUACAGCCACCGGUUCGGCGACAGCCAAUUAGAUAUAAGGAUGCUCAUCAAUCGGCACCCGGUAUACCAUGGAGACCGGAAGGCACCUUAGUGGCUAGUUUCGGGGAGCACACUGCUGCUGUCACGCGAAUUCUUGUAUCCCCGGACCAAGGCUUCUUCAUCAGCGGAUCAGAUGACGGUACUGUAAAGAUUUGGGACACGUCGCGUCUGGAGCGUAAUAUCACCCGGAGAUCGCGACAGACUUACAGAUUGGGUGAGGAUGUCAAGGUCACAAGUCUGGUGUUUGUAGAACAGACUUAUUCGUUUGUUGCAACGGGGAGUGAUGGGAGUGUACAUGUGGUACGUGUAGACUACCUCCAGAGCCAGGACGGCAAUGCCAAAUUCGGAAGACCUCGACUUCUUCGCGAAUAUCAGCUUCCCAAGGGCGAUUGUGCUGUAUGGUCGGAACACUACAACGGAGACAGCAGGUCAGUGCUUCUAUUAGCCACCAAUACCUCCAAGGUCAUCGCACUAGACUUGAGAACCAUGGAACUGCUAUACACUCUCAAUAACCCUUUGGAUCACGGAACACCCACCUGCUUCUGUGUGGAUAAGAGAGCACAUUGGCUGCUAUUAGGGACUUCGCACGGCGUACUUGAUCUCUGGGAUCUCCGCUUCAAGCUUCGUCUCAAAGCCUGGGUAUGUCACGGAGCAUCGCCUAUACAUCGUCUUUGCCAAGUUUUCUUCCCAAAGUUGAAAAAGACUCGAUUGUACAUUGCCGGUGGUAGCGAUCAGGGAGAGGUCACAGUAUGGGAUUUUGAAAAGCACAUUUGUAAGGAGGUAUACCGUACGGGAACGUGCAAAGACAUCGGUAACAAGAGCACCACACUCAUCGAUCUUGAUGAGGAGAAACCUGGCGGUAUGCUUGGCCGCUUUGCAACCAGCGUCGAACCAACAGCCAGCUCAACAGCCGAUCGCGGUAUUCGCGGACUAGCAAUACACACACAGGCUACAGAUGAGAAAGGCGAGCCAAAGCACACAUUCCUCCUUACUGCAGGUUCGGACUGGAAAGUCCGGUAUUGGGAUACCAGUCGAGCAGAAUCAUCGAUGGUUGUGAGUGGCCUAGAGCUUGAUGAAAGCAAGCCAACUUACACCGCUUCGCAACCGAGCCCAGAUACUGUCGUCAUUACUGAGAGGUUACAGCAGCCUGCCAACCAAGUGAGUAGUGCAAGGGACAGCAGGGCGAACACUUCAGUCAAGAAGGUAUCCGGCAAAUCGUCAAGAUCAGGUGCUAUCGCGUUGCAGCAGCAGUACCUGCUUAAGAGUCAUGUGGACCGUAUACUAGAUGUGGCGUUGAUUGAGCAGCCAUACGGCAUGGUCAUCUCAGCCGAUCGGUCUGGAGUCAUCAACCUUUUCAUGUAG